AUGACGUCCGCACACGCCAAUGGCUCCGCCAAGGCGGCUUACUCCUCAUCUUCUGCGACGACGACUGCCCUGAGCCGAUGGAGCAUCGCGACGAAGCAGCUUCCGGCCGUGGGCAACAUCAAGUCGCUGCACAUCUACGACUUUGACAACACCCUCUUCAAAACACCCUUGCCUAACCCCGCAUUAUGGAGCGGUCCUACGAUCGGCGUGCUCUCGAGCCAGGACGUCAUCUGCAACGGCGGCUGGUGGCACGACUCACGAAUCCUCGCGGCGACAGGCGAGGGGGCCGACACUGAGGAGAAGCGCGCGUGGGAUGGCUGGUGGAACGAGAAGAUUGUCGAGCUGGUGAAGCUGAGCAUCAAGCAGAAGGACGCUCUGUGCGUGCUGUUGACGGGCCGCUCCGAGCGGGGGUUCGGGGAGCUCAUCAAGAGGAUGGUCCAGAGCAAACGCCUCGAGUUCGACAUGAUUGGCCUCAAGCCUGCCGUCAGCCCGACGAACCAGCACUUUUCGAGCACCAUGCACUUCAAACAGCUCUUCCUGACGGCCGUUAUGGAGACGUAUAAGAACGCCGACGAGAUUCGCAUCUACGAGGACCGGCCGAAGCACGUCAAGGGGUUCAGGGAUUUCAUGACCGAGUACAACCGGAAGCAGAACAUGAACGCGACACGUACGCGCGGUCCGAUCACAGCAGAGGUCGUUCAGGUGGCGGACCUGUCAACGACGUUGGAUCCCGUCGUCGAGGUUGCCGAGGUGCAGCACAUGAUCAACCUCCACAACGAGGAGAUCGCGAAGCAACCCACUGACGUCCGCCCGAACCGCCUGAUGGUGAAGAAGACUGUAUACUUCACGGGCUACAUGAUCAGCAAGGAAGAUACGGCGCGCCUGAUGAAGCUGGCGCAGAUUCCGCCCGGCAUGCCCGAGCAGGAGCUCAAGUUCCACGCCAACAAUAUCCUCAUCUGCCCGCGCCCCUGCCCUGCCAGCAUACUCGAAAAGGUCGGCGGCAUGGGCAGCAAGAUGAAGUGGGAGGUCACAGGCACAGCCUGCUUCGAGAACAGCAUCUGGGCCGCCAGUCUGCGGCCGGUCCCUACCACAGCAAAGUUCCACACGGACAACCCCGCCCCGCUCGUCGUCCUCGCCCUACGCAAGGGCGCGCGCCCCGUCGACGCCGGCAAGAUACAGAACUGGCAACCCGUACCCGCGGAUAAGGCCAUGACUUUUGAAACGACAGUCGGCGAGAAGAUGAUCCUCCGCAUCGAGCCCGAGGACCCACGCGAAGACGAGUACGAAUCGCUCUUCGCCAACAAGUCUUCUAAGCGAAAACAUGAUGGCGGCGAUUACUCCCGCGACCACCACCGCCACGGCAACAACCCUUACAACGGCCGCAACGAGCGCCGCGACUUCCACUCGGGAGGGGGUGGAGGUGGAGGAGGCGGCGGCGGCGGCGGCGGCGGCGGCGGCGGCGGCCGUGGACAAGGUCGCGGCGGUCACCGCGGAGGCGGCGGCAGGGGCGGCAGAGGCCACCGCGGCAACGGCAAGGGCGGCCGCGGCGGUCGGGGUAUGCACGGCUAUCGCUCGCUCGAUGACGUCGAGCCGCGGAACCAGCAAGGAGGCUACGGCCAGCCUGUUGAGUAUGAUGACAGCAGCUACCCGUCCCUCCCAGCGCAGCCGCAACAGCAGCAGCAGCAGCAGCAACAAGGCGGCUUCUAUGGUCAACAACAGCAGUACCAACCGCCCAACAACGCAUGGCAGCAACAGGGCCCUCCGCCGAACGCCCCUACGGGCCCGUCUGGACGUCCUAUGGGAGGAGGCGGCAAUUACGGGGGAGGCGGCGGCGGAAGCGACCUGCAGAACUAUUACUGA